CCGGGCAGAGGUAUAGUCCGAUCCGGCCAUCUAAAGACAAAGGCACCAUGCUUUCUGUAGCUCUGUUUUACCUCUUAGCCGUGGUUUGUUCUGCAAGACGGACACAUGCUCUACCGCUGUACCCUGAUACCAACCUGGAGCCACAGGCAGAUUUCAUUCAGAAAUUAGUGUCAGAGGUUGAGGAUGGACCCAACACCGCCGAGGGGGAGCAGAGAGAGGUUAAUAACCUGUAUCCUCUACUGAUGCAGCACAAUGGAGCAAGAGACUCCUGGAAUAAAGGGGCUAAAGAUUCAGCACAACAAGACAAGUUUGCGAACAUGGUUGAGGACCUCGGAGAAGCUGUUCUGAAGCUGGCAGCGGCUGACAAGCUGCGCUCUCAGGGUUUUCUCAGAUCAGAGCAGAACUUGCCAAAAACAAACAAAAGAGCAUGUUUCUGGAAAUACUGUGUCACCAACUAGAGCCGAGCAGCAGCAGGACGUUUGGCCCUGGUUGGAAACGCCUUCACUCUCCAUCCACAUUUUUGUU